ACAUUCAACAAUGGGUAAAGUAAAAGAGACACUAAAAGAAGCUGCGAUCCAGAUUGGAUCUGGGGGCUCUGCAGGCUUUGUGGAAGUUUGUAUAAUGCACCCCUUAGAUUUGGUAAAAACUAGGCUUCAAAUACAGUCUAGAACAAUGGACCGAAAUGACCCCAGAUACUAUAAAGGCAUUAUAGACUGCUUUGGAAAAAUGUAUAAGCACGAAGGAAUGUUUUCCUUCUGGAAAGGAAUAGUGCCCCCUAUUUUAGCUGAAACCCCAAAAAGAGCUGUUAAAUUUUUUACCUUUGAACAAUACAAACAGUUCUUUAUGUUUGGAUCUGCUACCCCAACCCCUCUAACAUUUUCCUUGGCAGGACUUGGAGCAGGAGCCACUGAGGCCGUUCUUGUCAACCCUUUUGAAGUAGUGAAGGUGUCUCUACAAUCUAACAAAGCAAAAUCCAGCGAAGUCCCUAGCACUUGGGCAGUAACUAGAGUUAUUAUACAGGAAAAUGGUUUCGGUUUGAAGGGUUUGAACAAAGGACUGACGGCUACUGUUGCGAGAAAUUCCAUAUUUAAUAUGUUUUAUUUCGGAUUUUACCAUUCUGUGAAGGGGGUGCUGCCAGAAUAUGAAAAUCCUUACACCGAAUUUUUCAAGAAGAUUGGGCUCGGUUUCAUUUCGGGCAGUGUAGCGUCGUGUUUAAAUAUUCCAUUCGACGUGGCCAAAUCCAGAAUCCAAGGACCUCAACCGGUGCUUGGUGAAAUCAAAUACAGAACGACGCUCAACUCCAUGGCCAUUGUGUAUCGGGAGGAAGGAUUGGCUGCCCUAUACAAAGGCCUUCUUCCGAAGGUUCUCAGGCUGGGACCAGGUGGUGCUAUCAUGCUUGUUGUUUACGAGUACUCACACAAAUAUCUGACUGAAGUGUUCAAGUAAUCGCCGAUUCUCAUUGACCAAAGAGUGAUUUGCAUUUAGUUAACAUAACAAAUUGCUUUUUUAUUUUGCCAUAACCACAUAAAGCGUUUUAAAUUCUUGAACUCGCCACGUUAGAUGGCGUCGUAUGUCAUACGUCAUAUAUCAGAAUUUGUCAUUACUGUCAAAAUACCUUACUAACUAACUUUCAAAAGUUAUUAAAAUAUUUUGAUGUACUAGUGUGAAGUCUUGCCAUAUUUGUUAAAGGUAUGAAUUCACUGUUACCAUAUGUAUAUGAGAAUUUGACAUAAGUGUAAAGAUUGCCUUUACUGUUAAGGUUUGUGAUUACUAUCAACAUUGACAUUACUAUUAAGAGUGGCCGAAUAAAUUAAACAUUACUGGCAAUACCUUCUUGUCGGUAUGUUUAAUUCCUUUUACCUUGAAAAUAUAUGUAAAUAUUAUUAAUUUUAUGUAUUUUUACAAUUUAUAGACCACUGUAUAUUAAUGAACUUACCUCAAAUAAGCACAUUAUUACUUUAAUAGUAAGAAAAGAAAUGGUUAAAAGUCUUCCAUAUAACGGAACAGUUAUUUAAAUGUUAAUGUAUGUAUAAGUGUCAAGUGUCAUAUGUCAUUUAUAUAUUUAUGACGUCACUAGUAUUUUUCAUAUAGCUCAAAGCAAAUGCAAGGUGCCUAAACGUUUGACAAUAUUUAUUUUUCAGUUGUCUAUUGGAAACAGUUUUUUUCUUAGAUCUUCUUGUAACUUUUUAUCUUCCAGCACAAUUUACAAUAGACAUGGUUUAAACGUACCAAAUAUUUAUUAUAAAAAAAUCUAUUAGCUUGUGGUAAUUUAUAGUCAAUCUUUUUAUCGGAAAAACUGCAAGCGUGAUUUUGGGACUAUAAACAGGCAUGUGACAAUCUAUAAAACCAAAAUUAUGAUAAAAUCUUGUAGGUUUAGUCCACCUUGUAUAUCUAGUCAGAAUGGUGUUUUUGUUAAGUUUUUUUUGUUCAAAUCUUUUUUAUAUUUUAUUGACAAGUGACGCUACUUAUUCACUGGUAACAUUAUCUGUUUAUAAUAAAGAGGUUAAUUUACCUAAAUCAUUUAUUUGUAAAAUGUGUAUAAAGUGAACAUUGUUUUUUAUUUUUUACACUGGCAUUUUAUGUUCUAAAGAAUAUUAAUAAAUUUUAUUGCCG